AUCAGAGCUCCUCCACUUCUCUUGCUCCUCAGUUUCUCAGCAGUACGCAACACCAGCUGCCUCUGCCCUCUUAGCCCAUCCCUCUCGAUAUUUUGCCACAGCCCGCUUUCAAGCUCAGUUUCUUAAACGUUUCUUAUUCAGAGUGUACGUCAGCUCUACGUAUACGUCACAAUGGCUGGUGCCAUGAAGCGCUCCGCCGCCCCCGCUAUUGCGGCAAUCGUUCUGCUGAUGGCUUCCGGGUUUGCCUCCGCCGUUCCUGACUCGACUCUCUGCCCCUUCGAGCUUGGCUACAACCCCAACUUCAAUGCGGAUGGGAGCGCGCUGUUCUGCACCAAAGGCCAGGAGACGUUCCAGGUGGACGAGGCCGGGAUUCUUGCGCGCUCUCUGCGCGGCAUCGGCAACAGCCUCCGGUCGCUGUUGGGCGGAAUUGCGGACGGCGACGCGACGGUCUUCGGACGCUUCGUGGAGGCUACCGCGUCCAUCGCGCUGCAGGACGGUCCGCAUUCCAUCUCGGACACGGCCGCGAUCGCGCAGUUCGUCGCGGACGUCCUAGUGUUCCCCUCUGGGGCGGACAAGUCUGCCCUCUUCCAGAUCUCCCAGUACCACUUUUUGGACAACAACGACCCCCGCGUGGCGAGCGUGCACAUUACGGUGUACACCGCAAAGUACACUCUGAACGCUGACUCCAUCUGGCGCUUCAACCUCGUCAACGGCGCGCGCGUUUGGCAGCUGCAGCAGACCUCCAACCUGGUCCUCGUGCCAGUUUAAACCACCCUGUUCAACGGUGUAAUCUACCUUAAUCACUAGGGACGGCUCGCGAGCUUGCUUGGUUCGGAGUAUUAGUAUUACGGAGGAGAGAGGGAGCAUCUUGCCGUCGCUUCUUGAGGGGAUUCAGAGCAGUUCGAACAUUUAUGCGGAUUGCAAACAUAAGCAGUUAUGCGAGCAAACCCUGACUACUGAUGUCCGCGUGCUGACUAAAGAUAGACUUUUUCGUCGCGAACUUACUCAAUAGCUAGCUAUAGCUCUCCGGAUCAGGGUGGCCCGCUGUUCAAAAGUACUAGUCGCUCAAGUUCUUUUAUAUACAAUACUAUACCGUCAGACAAUGACAUAAGUUCAUCUUUAUCAAGCUCAACCGUCGUUAUUUACACGCGCGGCCCACAGGUACACACGUGCACGAUGUUGGUAUGCAU